ACACUGAAGGAGACCGUCAGUUUGCCAGCGAGGCUGUAAAAGCCUGAACCACAUUUCCUGUUUGUAAGGAAGCAGGUGAAAAAAAAGAAAGAGACUGGAGACCUUUAAGAUUGACAGCAACUCAAGAGAUAGUUUCAUGCUGCCAGGCCCAAAGCAAAAGAGCAUCCAAGGUUUGCCAACGUCACUUGAUUUCCCGCUGGAUAAAGGGGCUGGGAGUAUUCCUAGAAACAGCAAAACCAGAAAUGGACUGCCACGUUUCUGUCUGGGGAGUUCUUGCCUGUCUAAAAUGUAUAAAGACUAUGAAGACAACAGUCCAAGCUGUGAUGACUAUUACACGGAAGAUGACCCAGUUUAUGGCAAUCUUAAUCAAGAUAUUUUAGAGGAAUGUUACGAGCAGAUGAAGUCCCAGCCUCAGAGGCCUGUUAACCAGCUACAGGUGGAGUCUGCCACUCAGAUGUGUUAUGCAUCACUUGAUCACAGUGUCAAGGGAAAACACAGAAAACCAAGAAGGAGCAAAGACCCUGCAUUACAGGAGGAUGAAGAAAAAUCAUCUAAUCCCACCAUGACGGCUCCCAAAGUUAGCAUUUACCUCAAUAGUGAGCAGCUGGCGGCUGAAAACACGGGAAACGUAGAAGCCAUUCAUGAUGAUCCCAUCAGAUUAAUGGGUUUGAUUCAUACUACAAAAGGACAGAACAUUUGAAGCAGCUUCACAAACAUGUAAUCAGAAAGUGAGAUCUGCUUGUUCACUCUGGAGGAACCGUGAAUGAUUAGAGAUAGGAUCCUGGCAAACUGACACAUAAAACAGUGGUAUAAAAUGGACAAGUGCUCCAAAAUGCCUUCCAAGCACGUUUAUGGACUAGGCAAGAAGUAAGUAUAGAUCCAGACUGCCACUCUGAAGGAUCUGCCCUUCUGAAGACAAUUAGGAAGGGAACUGCACAAGCAGGUGUCUCAGCAUUCACACGGUAUUGAUUCCAGUAAAAAGUAAUCCUUUGUUUAAACAACCAUCAACUUUCAAACAGUCCCAAAAGACCCACUCACUCUGUUGUCUGUAGAGCUCUAGCAGAGUCUUAACUAUUCUUCUCUACAGGUUUUAACAACACUUCUGGAAGGAAGUCAUGUUUCAUACUUGCAUGCUUAAUGAUUUAGUUGUUUUCCCAAUUAAAAACUGAUCUGCUGUUCAA